AAUCGGUCGGCUGGCCGGCGCAGUCGCGAGCAGCGAGUCGCGAAGCAUCGACUCCGCGUCCCCGCCGUAGUCAGUGCUCGGAGGACCCUCGGCCGAAUAGAAGCGACGUCGAAGCACCCGAAAGGCGGAAGGCGGCCCUCGGCUAACGAGACGAGAUGAAGCUGUGGUGGAGCCUGCUGGUGGUCGGCCUGGCCGUCUCGGUGGCGGGGCGGGUCGCGGGGGCGGAGACCGACCUCUGGGAGGAGGACGACAAGGAGGUGCUGGUGCGGACCGCCCGGGGCACCAAGGAAAGAGCCUCUGCCGGGGUGUCCUCCUGCCGAUACGUCAAGGGCCAGUGGUCCGAGUGCGACACCAAGACCAACACGCGCACGCGCACCCUCAACCUCAAGAAGGGCGACGACUCCUGCGAGCAGACCAAGACCAUCCAGAAGAAGUGCAAAAAAGGCCCGGCUGGGAGAGCAGCGUGUCGGUACGAAAAGGGCACGUGGAGCGGAUGCGUCAAUCAGCUGAUGACCAGAGUGGACAACCUGAAGGCCAACAGCGACGCGUCCUGCGAAAAAACGCGACGUCUCACCAAGAGGUGUAAACCCGAGUCCUCCACGAAGAAGGCCACCAAAGGUGACCGAUCGAACAAGAAGUCCGGCAAACAAUAAGUCGUCGUAACCGGGCCGAUUCGUCCUUUCGACGUGCCAGCGGUCCCCUCGAUCGAUCUCUCUCGAAAAAGGAAAAGGAGCGCGGGCCCCCGCCGCCCGGGGACCUAGCGAAACCGCAGGAAUCGUUUCCCCGAUCCCGGGGCCGGGACGCCGUCUUUCUUUCCCGCGAGUCCGGCCUCGCGGAAGGAGUCACGAUACUAUCUCGACCGUUGAUUUGCUGCCGAAGGGCGAACAAGGUAUCGUUUUAUCUCUAUCGCCGAGGAUAUGCGACGGAGUGGCGACGGCGAUGCCGUCGGGCGCUCGGUCGGAUCCCUCGGUAUCUCGUUUUUGUCGUUGCGAUUUUAUCCCCCGCUACCCUGACUACGGCGCGCGACUUCGGGAGCAGGGGAAGGAAGACGCCCUCCGGGAAGUCGCGCGUCUCGGAUUUUUUGGACCGAUCGUUGUCGCCGAUCGAGCCCUCGCCCCGUCUAGGACCGAGGGCUCGAGUUAACGGCAGGGACCUGCCGAUAAUAAUUGCCAAUUGUUAACGAGAUAUAUCGUAAUCGCUUCCAUUAUUCCGUGUUGCCAAAUGUUAUACUAGGUGUACCGUCGACUCGCGUCACUUAGAGCUAUCGUCGGCGUUCGACUCGUCGUCCGAAUCAUUCUAACGGGUCAUGCGCGAUCUGCGAUUGUUCUUAUCGUUUGUCGUUUUCUCGACGAAUUAACGGAUAUCUGCCCCUGGUAGACCUUCCGUCGCGAUCGUUGCCCAGAGGGACGAGACGCUCGUCGACGAGUCUUGGGAAGGAUAACGACGACGAUAAUUCGUAACGCGUCCUCUUUUAGGACACUUUGACGUCGGGUACCCUUCGGUUUUGUACGCUGAUUUUAGAUAUUCCUUUUUCUUCUCUUUCCUUUUCUUUUAUCCCUUUAAUCGUUAAGCCAUUCCGCAGAAUUCUGAGCAUUUAACCGUUCCGAUUCUUCGGAGAGGACGGAUGUCUCGCGGACUCGUAGGACUUUUUAGGAAGAACGUUUAUCCUCGAUUAAGUCGAGGUCGCACCUUGAAUUGGAUCGCAUUUGCCUUGGGAUAAGCUGCGCGUACUUGAAGCCAGGUACCAUGUCCGUUUAAUGAAAUGUUCCGAUCGUCCGGUGCUAAUAGGAAAAAAAAAAACAAAAGACAACGGGAAAAAUAUGGAUGGUUAUUUACUUUACCGCGUAUCUUCUCGCGAGACCGAGUGGAAACUUUCGACUCUUAUCUCGACUUACGAUGCAAGGAAUUAAAUUGCAAACACGAAUUGCACAAGGAAUAAUGGAUAAUUAAAGAGUAGGGGGUAUCUAAGAGACAGACGCGGUUCGUUGGGCAUUUUCUCUCGACCAAUCUUUUCUUCCGUGAUAUGGCAUUCUCGAGGGUCUCCGAUGUUAUUCCUUGUGUACUCGAUUCUUAUACGGUGCGAUAUAUAUAUAAUGUGUCCUUGGUCGCGAGUUAUUUAAUCUUUCCGAUAUAUUUUCUCCCGGACUUGUUCGCGGCCAUAUCAUUCCCGAAAAAAAAAAAAGUAUACCUGGAAGUUGCAUUUCUUUUUCUAACGAGGUGGGAGAAUCCGUCUGAUCGGGAAAACGAGGAAAUAUUGGUUGGAAGGGUUCUAGCGACGCCGAGAAAUUCGAUCGAUUUUGCAUAUAAAGAAAAAUGGAAAAAAAAAAGAAAAAAGGGACAGGUUCAAAAUUAAUUUCAAUCGAAAUCGAUUCGGUGAAGGUUGCGUUUAAAGCGUCCAAAGGAAUUUUUCGCGUCGUGUAGUAUCACGGAGGAAUUUAUUUUCGAGUCGUGUCUUCUUUCGAAGGAUGGACUCUCAGAUAAGGGUGUUAUAUAUCGGUUGUUACCGAAAACGAUUCUAGACUAGAUCACGUCCCACCAUAUCAUCAUUACGCGUAAACUAAAUCUAUUCGAUAGAUUAAGGUAGCAUUCAUCUAUGGAUACGUUAAAAAAAAAAACUCCCCCCUUCCAGUAAUCAACGUUGAACGUCUAUAGAACGUAAUAGAUAUAUUAUCGUGCUUUUACUUCUCUCUGUGUAGUACCCAACGUGUAAUACACGACUUCUCGGUGUGGUAACCGCAUUGUAACAUAGCGUGGUAGGAAGUAUGCUAACGACUAGACAUUCAUUUUAUCAGCCCCCUAUCGAUAAUAGAUAAGGUGUGUACCGUACGCGCACAAUUGGAGCAAAAUGCGGAUAUCACCGAGGUUCACUAGACGAGAUUUAGGGCCCGAAUUAACGCGCGGCUCCGACUUUUGUAACUCUUUUUACGUCACGUAUAACUUACAUUUAAGUAAGGACACGUUAUAACCGAGUAUGCAUAACAUGCGGUACGUGAUAAUAGA